AUGGGCACCAUCCAGCGGGACUGCAACGGCUUCUGGCACUACUUGGCCUUUCGCCCGGUGCUCAGCGAACCCCAGCCGGAGCUGCUGCGGCAGGAGCUCUGCCGAAAGCGCCUGGUGAACCUACUGGGCGCCGAGCACCCGGCCGCGGAGCUGCUACACUCCGAGUCUUGCGACACAGCAAGGUCCGCACUGCUUCGGCCCUUGGUGCCGCAGCGGCCGCGAAAGCAUCUGCUGCCCGAGGCGCUGCGCCCGAGGAUAGACAAACAGGAGGGGCCAGCUCCGAAUGGGGAGCGCUCCCGACCCGUUGACCAGCUGGCAGCGCAAGGCGCCGAGGGGGCGGUGAGUGUCCAGUUGAGCGGCGGAGUCUCGCCUACCCUGUCCACCACGAUCCCCGCCUACAGCUCCCUCUUCGCAGAUGAG